AUGGAGGUUAUUUCUAUUUUCAUGAAUAGAGCUUGUGAUAUGAAUCUUUUUGAUGGAUGUCACCUUCCUAAUGACGGGCCAUGCAUCUCUCAUCUCUGCUACGCGGACGACGUUCUUUUCAUUGGAGCUUGGUCUGAGCAAAAUGUCUUAGCCUUGAAUCGGUUACUAAGAUGGUUGAACCUAGUUUCCAGUCUAAAAAUAAACCGUAGAAAAAGCAACUUAUUUGGUAUUGGGGUUGAUGAUAGAGAGGUGGGCUGGCUGGCUCGUUUGGCUAAUUGUGAGGUCGGCUCCUUCCCCUUUAUGCAUUUGGGUAUCCCCAUCGGGGUUAAUAUGAAACGUGUUAUGUUUUGGAAACCGGUGCUAGAGAAAUUCUCUUUAAAACUUUCAAAGUGGAAAGCUAAGUACUUAUCCUUUGCGGGCCGUAUGACUCUUGCGAAGUCGGUGUUAGGGAGCCUCCCAUCCUAUUACCUUUCUUUGUUCGCGGCCCCUAAAGGCAUUUUGAACAAACUUGAGAAAAUCAGAAGAGAAUUUAUAUGGGAAAAAUCUAAUUCGUGGCAUAAACUAAGAUGGCUACGUUGGGAACUCCUUACUAAAUCUAAGAAAAUUGGCGGAAUGGGAUUAGGAGGUAUUCGAGGCUUUAAUUUAGCUAUGUUACUGAAAUGGUGA